AUGGCUAUUAUCAACAAGAUAGAAAAAGAGUUAGCAGGUGACAGCAUCAAUGAGGUCGUUAUUUGUGAGAAAGCACUACAAAUAUUCAGUGAUCUGAACAAAGAAACACCUGGUACAAGUGGUGAAGGUGCUUUCACGUUUAAAGCCAGCAGAGGUUGGUUUGAGAAUUUCAGACAUAGAAGUGGCAUACAUUGCGUCACUAGGCAUGGGGAAGCAGCUAGUGCAAACCAGGAGGCUGCUAAUAACUUCAUUAAAGAAUUUAGUGACUAUGUCAAGGCAGAAGGGUUUGCUCCUGAGCAGGUGUUCAACUGCGAUGAGACCGGAUUAUUCUGGAAAAAAAUGCCAGCCAACACCUACAUAACCAAAGAGGAGAAAGUGCUACCAGGGCACAAGCCUAUGAAAGAUAGGCUUACUCUUUUGCUUUGUGCAAAUGCAAGUGGUGAUUGCAAGGUAAAACCCUUGCUUGUCUACCAUUCAGACAAUCCCAGGCCAUUCAAAAGGCACAAUGUAAUGAAGAGUAAAUUGGCUGUGAUGUGGCGGUCUAACACCAAAGCUUGGGUUACCAGACAAUUCUUUACAGAGUGGGUGCGUGAAGUUUUUGCACCUCGAGUGAAGGAAUACCUGGCAGAAAAAAAAUUGCCUUUAAAAUGUCUAUUAGUGAUGGACAAUGCUCCUGCUCACCCCCCAGCUUUAGAGGAAGAUCUAGUUGAUGACUAUAGCUUCAUCAAAGUAAAAUUCUUACCCCCCAAUACAACCCCUAUUCUGCAACCCAUGGACCAACAGGUCAUAUCCAAUUUCAAGAAAUUGUACACAAAGGCCCUCUUCCGGAAGUGCUUUGAAGUGACGAAUGACACACAGUUAACUCUGAGGGAAUUUUGGAAAGAACACUUCAACAUCCUAAAUUGUGUAAACUUGAUUGACACUGCUUGGAGUAAUGUCACUCAUCGCACAUUGUAUGCGGCAUGGCGAAAACUAUGGCCCGAAAGGGACAGUGAGGGUUUAGAAGCUGAGUCAGCUCCUGUCGUUGAUGAAGAUGUUGCUGUAGUUGAUGAUAUUGUGGCCAUAGGAAAGACCAUGGGCCUUGACAUUCAACAAGAUGACAUCAACGAACUUGUGGAAGGUCACGCUGCUGAGUUAACCGCCGAGGAACUGAUGCACCUACAACAACAGCAGCAGAAGGAUAUGGUGGAAGAAAUUUCUUCUGAAGAAGAGGAGAGAGUGGAGGAUAUUUCUAGUGGCCUUAUUCAUGAAAUGUGUGCAAAAUGGGCAGAAAUCGCAAACUUUGUUGAACAACAUCACCCUGAUAAAGAGGUAGCAAAUAGAGCAGUUAACAUUUUUAAUGACAAUGUUAUGUCCACUUUCCGCAAAAUUUCUGAAAGGAGAAAAAAACAGCAAACAAUUGAAAAAUUCUUCCGUAAAGAAAUCAGACAAGUAACUGCAGAGAAAGAUUCUGAUUCUCCUCAGCAAAAGAUACAGAGAACAGAAACACCUGAAGAGCAGUUACCCUCUGUUUUUAUUGAAGAGGACUCCCCUUCAAGACAAUAA